UUUGUUGGUAAAGUUGGUGUUGAUGUUGGAUUGUUGUUGGUUUACAGGACUGAACUUUGUCGAUUCAGUGGUGCAAAGAUUUACCCUGGCAGAGGUAUUAGAUUUAUCAGGAGUGAUUCUCAGGUGUUCCUUUUCGUUAACUCAAAAUGUAAGAGGUAUUUCCACAACAAGUUGAAGCCCUCAAAGCUUACAUGGACAGCCAUGUACAGGAAGCAACACAAGAAGGACAUUGCUGCAGAGGCAGUAAAGAAGAGGCGUCGUGUUACCAAGAAGCCCUACUCUAGGUCAAUUGUUGGUGCUACUCUGGAGGUGAUUCAAAAGAGAAGGGCCGAGAAACCUGAAGUCAGAGAUGCAGCUCGUGAAGCUGCUCUUCG